UUCCUUCUUAUUGUGGGCAAAACAGCAGAGCGAGAAGAGAAAAGAGCGAAAGGAGGCGAAACGAGCAGAAGGAUUAUGACCCGUACAAGGUUUGUCAUUCCCAUGAAGGGGAGAAGGCAGGGCUGCUCAGCCUAGGGCACUUCCACCCUCCAUCUCCCUCCUUUGUGUCCGCCUUUCUCCCUCUCUCCAUCUCUGUUUCUUGUGCUCUCUCUCUCUCUCUCUGUCUCCGAGUGGCAAUGCUGUGCUGGGGCAGUUCAGCCUGGGGUCAGCUGGGCCUCGGCAACUCCGAGAGUGCUGUGUUUGAGCCACGGAGCUGCCGCAUGUUGAACGGGAAGGGGCUGAAAGAGGUGGCCUGUGGAGGACAGCACUCACUCUUCCUGCUACAUGAUGGGAGCGUGUACACAUGUGGCUCCAACAGCCGUGGUCAGUUGGGCCAUGAGAAGACAGGUACAAAGCCAGAAUUGGUGGUGGCGUUGGAUGCGCAAAAGAUUGCAAGCAUGGCAUGUGGAGAGGCCCAUUCUCUAGCAGUAAAUGAGCAGGGCCAGGUGUUCGCCUGGGGUGCCGGAGACGGGGGUCAGCUUGGUCUCGGGACAGCAGAGGAGGCCGUCCGAGUGCCCAGGUUAAUUAAAAAACUCUGUGAGCAUCGAAUCUCUCAAGUCAUGUGUGGAAACCAGCACUGCAUAGCACUUUCUAAAGAUGGUCAGUUGUUCACGUGGGGUCAGAACUCCAGUGGUCAGCUGGGUUUGGGGAAAGGUGAGCCCAGCUCUCUGUCUCCUCAGCCCCUCAAAUCUCUGUGUGGGAUCCCACUGGCUCAGAUCAGUGCCGGGGGAGACCACAGCUUCGCCCUUUCUCUCUCUGGAGCCGUGUUCGGAUGGGGCAGGAACAGCGCUGGGCAGCUGGGCCUCAAUGACGAGCAAGAUCGGGCCGUUCCCUGCCAUAUUAAAUUCCUUCGGUCCCAGAAAGUGGUCUACAUCAGCUGUGGAGAGGAGCACACGGCUGCUCUCACCAAGGAUGGAGGCUUGUUCACAUUUGGAAAUGGGUCAAGAGGACAGCUAGGACAUGACUCCACCAAUAAUGAGCCUCUGCCACGUAGGGUUCUGGAGCUCAUGGGCACAGAAGUGUCUCAGAUUGCUUGUGGCAAGCACCACACCUUGGCGUUUGUGCCCUCCACUGGCCUGGUUUACGCCUUUGGCUGCAAUGCUCAUGGCCAACUUGGCUUAGGAACCAGAGGACAUGCCAAGAUCCCCAUGCCUGUCCGAAAUAUUCAGCCUCCAUAUCUCAGCAGCACUCAAACAGCAGACACAGAGAGAUACAGCAUCAACAGGAUUCACUGCGGAGGGGACCACAGCUUCCUCUUGCUGUCACAUGACAAGAGAUGGCCAGAGGACUUUCGCGUUAUCAGCACGUCUAAAAGCAUUUCUCUGAUUAAUUAUGAGAGUCUAAACAGUUGGAGAUUGAAGCUCCUCGACAGUUCGGAUUCCAGUAUCACAAAUGACAUCAUCCUGCUGUUGUCCUCAACUGCAUGUUGGAACGCCAGUUUUCUGGACCAGAGUGAUGAUGGUCAUUUUAAAACCAAUCCCAAAGUCCCUGGCAUCGAUCUUAACUCAGUCAGGCUGCUGUUUGAGACAUUGAUGAAGCCUGCCUACUCAAGGCUACUGGAGCAGACCACCAAGAGCUUUGAGAGCCUGCUGAUUCCUCAGCUCCCCUGCUCCCCUCCUGACGUGGAGGCCAUGCGCAUUUAUCUGAUCCUUUCUGAGUGUCCAGCCCUCCACGACUCCAAAAACUACAUCUCCCUCACCAUCCCUCUUGCCAUGGCCAUCCUCAGACUGGACACCAACCCCAGUAAAGUUCUAGAUAACUGGUGGUCACUGGUCGACUGCGAAGUGUUCUCCAGGCUGGUGGAGAUGUAUAAGAGUAUCGUGGUGUUUCUGCUUACCAGUGGCAAAGCCCUCCUCAUCCCUGUGUUUCUGGAGAGCUAUAUUAGCGCCACGUUACGACUGCUGGAGAAACUGCAUAAAGUAAACCAGAAAGCCCAACAUGUGGAAUACAACUGCUUCUACAUCCCUGAUGUCACCAGUCUGGUGGACAUCCAGGAAGACUACCUCAAGUGGUUUUUGAGCAAAGCUGAGAUUAAAAUGCGAUCUCCUCCAGUACAGAGUUCUGUCACGUUAUGUGCCUAUCCGUUCAUAUUGAACGCUCAAGCCAAGACAACAAUGUUGCAGACAGAUGCUGAGCUGCAGAUGCAGAUGGCAGUGAGUGGAGCGAACCUGCACAAUGUCUUCAUGCUGUUAACUCUGGAACCUUUGCUGGCACAGAACCCCUUUCUAGUGCUCCAUGUGCGAAGGGAUCACUUAGUCAGUGACGCACUUCGGGAGCUCACAAUCUACAAUGAUGUGGAUCUGAAGAAACCCCUAAAGGUGAUUUUUGAUGGCGAGGAGGCAGUGGAUGCAGGAGGAGUCACCAAAGAGUUCUUUCUGCUUUUGCUGAAGGAGCUGAUGGAUCCAGUGUAUGGCAUGUUCACCCACUACCCAGAAUCCAACCUGCUCUGGUUCUCUGAUAAAUGUUUCGUGGAACACAACUGGUUCCAUUUAAUCGGCAUCGUCUGUGGCCUGGCCAUCUAUAACUCCACAGUGGUAGACCUGCACUUUCCUCUGGUGCUCUACAAGAAACUUUUGGAUGUUUGUCCUGCUCUGGAUGACCUGAAGGAGCUGUCUCCUACGGAGGGAAGGAGUCUCCAGCAGCUGUUGGACUAUGAAGGAGAUGAUGUUGAAGAAGCCUUCUGCCUGAACUUUGCUAUUACCCGAGAGCAUUAUGGGGUAACAGAGGUGAAGGAGCUGGUUCCCGGAGGAGAGAACAUCACUGUGGUCCGGUCCAACAGAGAAGAGUUUGUGCAGGCGUACCUGCGCUAUGUGUUCAGUGACAGCGUGCAGGAGCUGUACUCUGCGUUCUCGGGCGGAUUCCUGAAGGUGUGUGGAGGCCGGAUCCUCUCACUGUUUCAGCCCUCGGAGCUCAUGGCGAUGGUGGUGGGCAACAGCAGCUACAACUGGGAGGAGCUGGAGAAGAAUGCGGUUUAUAAGGGGGAGUUUUCAGCCUCUCAUCCCACAGUGCGGAUGUUUUGGGAGGUGUUCCACAACUUUCCCUUGGAGAAAAAGAAACAGUUCUUAUUGUUCCUGACGGGCAGCGAUCGCAUCCCCAUCCACGGCAUGGCCAGCCUGCGCAUUGUCCUCCAGUCUACAUCAGCAGCUGAGCACUACCUGCCCGUGGCCCACACCUGCUACAACUUGCUGGACAUGCCCUGCUACAAGACCAAAGAGACGCUGCACACACGGCUGACACGCGCCAUCGAGCAGUAUGAGGGCUUUAGCCUGGUGUGAGCGACUCCAUCAGUGUGGGAAGGCCGGAUGCACUGCACUUUUUACCCCAUAUACCCAGCGGGGCACGGGGGGGAUAGAAUGGAGGAGCCCGGGAGGUCAGGAUGGCCUGUCUGGACAGGCCAUUCCUGACCUAACACCACAGGGUUCUUCCAGUGGCCGAGUAAAGAAGGGGCCUGUACUGGACGGGCACCUUUGCUGAUUCUAAUUGGGGUAAAUGUUAUUUUCCUAUUGUUGGAGUGUAAGUCUGACGUGACUUCAAUGACCGAGAUAUGCACAUUGUUAUUCAGAGUAUAUUUUCCGUUCCUUCUUUGAGUUAAACUUUUUUAAUCCUUGGAAUCCAAUCCAUGUGGCUUACUGUAGGGGAAUUUAACGUUCUACACAUUGACUGUACAUAUUUUCUGUUUGGAAUUGAGCCUGAGCAUUUGGUUUGCUGUGGUUUAUAGGCGUUGUUUUGGCACUAUGUUCAACUGUUUUCCCUCUGCUGUUGCUGGGGAACAGAAAAACCUACUAAAACGUCCUCAAAUCUCUGACUUCUGACCCUUUGCUUACUCAUGUACUCAACAGAUUAUGCAGUACUGUGCAUUCCUGAGUCCAUACUUGCAACAUUGCCUUUAAUAUAGUGAGCCACUAGCGAGGUAUGCCUCAAGCUUUUUACUUUUUUGUUUGUUUGUUUGUUUGUUUCCUUUUGCUCUUAAUGAUAAGUGUGCAUGCAAAUGUGGCAUACAGAGUGGAAGCUGAGCCUGCUUAUGACUGUUUAGUGUAACAAUAAAUAUGUAUAUGGUAAACCCAAACAUUUAAUUUAUGGUUUAAAAAGGAAAAAAAAAAAACCCUGAUUCCUAAACAUUUGAAAGCUGCAAAUAUCACUGUAACUUGUGUGAUU